AUUGUGGGGCGCGCGGGGAGACCGUUAGAGUACUGUCCAGUGAGGGGCUAAUGGCAUCUUCCUCAGGAGCAGAGGGCGCUGAACUGCUGCAGCAAGGUCAUGGUAGCCUCCUGCCCCCCUGCUCACUCACCACGGAGGACCUUGCUGCCUACCCUGGUUUGGCCAAUCUUCUCAUGGCCCUGACUAAACAUAUGGACUCCAGUGGGCUCAGUACCAAUUUGGCACAACAGCUAGAGGAGGCAAAGAAAGAAUUACAUCUACGCCGAGCAAACUGGCUGAAGUGGGAGACACUACACCGGGUUCUUCAGGAGGCGUUGAGGGACUCGGGGUCUGGACUUGCUGCACAGGACAAAAAAUUCUUAGAAGUCCUGGAACAGCAGCUUUUGGUAGGCGAGCUGAGACAAAUGCUCAACUCUGGUCCUUCUGCACAAGGCACACAGCCAUCGCUUCUAGGUUUGAUGCCCUCGGACCUCUUAGAGCUUCUUCCCUCUAAUCAAGAGCUGGAGCAAAUGCGGAAGCACCUCCCUGUGGAGUUGGAAAAGCAUCUUAAGCGCAAGUGCUUGGCUUUGUUGAGCUACUUCUGUCCAGAGAGUGAUGAUGCUGGAGAGAUUCCACGGGCAGCUCUGAUGAGGACCCUUGCAGAAUGUCUGGCUGCAGAAAAACAGCGUCUGCAGGAGGCCUCUGCUCAGAACCAACAGCUUGUGGGGUUGCUGGAACAGCAGAAAGCUGCCUACCCCCAGGUCCUGUUACGCUGCUUAGCGUUACUGAAACACUUAGCCCGUGAACAUCGUCUUGGUACUCAGUCUGAACUCGACCGCCUCAACGCCCAGUACCUGGAAAUCAAAUGUAGUGCCAUGUUCCUCAAGAUACGGCUUGAAGAACUGACUGUUCUCUUGGAAACCUACGUGCCUGAGAAAGUGGAUGUGCACCGGAUGAUGAGGGAUAAUCUGCAGGCAGCAAUAUGCCAAGGAGAGCAAGAUUUGGCUGCUUCUCGCCAGAUCCUCUCCAGCUAUGAGACUUUGGGCCCUGAAUUUGAGGAACUGGUGAAGGAGUAUGCUCGGCUGCAAGCCAUCAUUGAGAACAGGCGCUGGGUGCUAACAGAAUUCAACAAAGACUGAAACUAAUGUGAAGCGUGAGAGUGACCUUGUUUGAAUGCAGAUCAGUUGACGCAUAGGGACCACUUUAUAAAAUACUCGAAGAAUAAAUAUGAAGCAAAUGAGUUAACGUCUGCGUCUGUGUUGCUUUCUUUUUGCUGAAAAGAGCUCCUGGUGUCCUUUAUCUGCUGCUGUCGUCACAUAUCUACUCAUACUGUUUUCUCACUGCCCCCCUCCUUUUCUCAAAUUGCUAAAAGAGUGCUGAGUUUUUCCUCAGAAUCUGUUACAGCCUUUCUAAAGCACGGAUAAAACUCAAGAGUGCUGUAGUGAUAUCCCAAAUAACAGAUUUUUAUAUUUGCAUGCUGUGCCUGAAGAAAAAUACCGUGCCUGUUGAUAAGAACCAAUAAACAGUAGU